GGAUUUAUGAAGCGUAGCGUUUGUAUAUGGCAUCGGUACGGUUGAAACAUCACAAUCGCACAACAGUUAGGACCGAAUGUGUCUCAAUAAUAAUUAUGAGAGAAUUGUCUGUCUGAUCAACGACCUAGAUAAUUUUCAAAUAAAAACAAUUAAAUAUAAAAUAAUUUCAACGGUUCGUGCUAUUUAUAUUUCGCAGUACCUUAAAUACAAUGCCACCAAAAUGUAAAUUCCAAGAAGGUGAAAAAGUGCUGUGUUUUCACGGGCCGUUAAUCUAUGAAGCAAAAUGUUUGAAGUCCUCUAUUACUAAGGAGAAGCAAAUCAAAUAUUUUAUCCAUUAUGCUGGAUGGAAUAAAAACUGGGACGAAUGGGUCCCUGAAAGUAGAGUCCUUAAGUACAACGAGGCUAAUGUACAAAGACAACGGGAAGUUCAGAGAGCUCAUUCAAAUCAGCAGUCUACACAGAAAAAUAAAAAGGGAAGUGCAACAACCAAGACGCAGGGAAGACGGAGCGAAGGGGUUAGAGAGAAAGAUACAGAUAGUAGGGCGAGUACACCUGUAUCAGCAACAGCUGAUAAAAAUAUAAGUCGCUUUAGCAAGGGCUCAAGCAGCGGUGCAACACCUUCGUCCUCUCAUGAUUCUACGUCUGAACCUACACGUAAAAAGCGAAGCCGAUUAGAACCAUCCGGUGAAACUGAAGAGUUUCUCACUAAAGUGGAGGUUAAAAUCAAAUUGCCCGAAGAAUUAAAGUUUGUCCUAAUUGAUGAGUCUGAAGUGAUAUUGAAGCAUCAUAAACUGCCAGCCUUACCUGUGAAGAAUACAGUUGACAAAAUCCUAGAUGAUUAUGUCGAGACAAAAUCAUUAGGAAAGACAAAUGAUAUCAAAGAAAGUACAUUGGAAGUAACGAAAGGUAUUCGUGAAUAUUUCAACAUUACAUUGGGCCUUCAACUCUUGUAUAAGUGGGAACGGCCACAAUUUAUACAGAUAAUGAAUGACAAUCCGGAAACACUGCCAAGUCAACUGUAUGGUGCAUUUCAUUUGCUUAGGCUAUUUGUGAGACUUGGUGGUAUGCUGUCAUACACACCUUUAGAUGAAAGAAGUAUCCAACUCUUGCUAACGCAUUUUCAUGAAUUUUUGCAAUAUCUGCAGAAGAAUAAUUCUGAACUUUUCAAUCUUCAACAGGAUUACACAGAUCCGCCACCAGAUUAUCAUCGAAAGUAUGGUUAAGUCAACCAAAAGAAAUAUUGUAAAUCUAUAUAAUUAUCGCGUUAACAGGAAUCUAUCGAAUUCUUUGAUAUAUUUUAUAUAGUAAUUAAUAUAAAAAAUAUAUAUGUACACACACACACACACACGCAC